AUACCCAGCAGUUUGACACGUCAACCGAACCCGAAUACAAUAGAAAAUGGAACUGGGUUGCAGACUGAAAUAGUCAAUCUAAACCUGAUCUUAGAAUGGGAAAGAAAGAUGCCAGUGCCAAUAGAGGCACACCAGUUGAAAAAUACAGGAAAGAUAUAGGAAAACAGGAUUAUAAAAAGAGUAAAAAAGAAGUGAAGAUGAUGAAAAACAAAGCUGAUAUGAAAUCCUCAGCAUUGGGAAUAAAGGAAGUAGUGAUGAUUGUGGCAGCAUUAUUUACACUUGUAGCUGGUGUGUAUAUGUUCCUCUUCUGGCGAUUGUCAAACAGAGAAGUUCCAGGGAGUUAGUACCAAGUGAUGGACCAUAAAACAGGUGUGCAAGAUAGUGAUGUGUGAAAUCCAGUGUCAGUUGUCAUACUUACAUGUCUACUUAGAUCAUUUUUUGUGAUGUACAGGGUUGUUUAACUAUAUUAAUGUAAUUAAUGUAAUUAUUUUUUGAUAUUCUGACAUUUUUAGCAUUUUUUUACUGCAGUAUGUUUUAAAAAUAUUGCAUCUCUAUGUUUUGAAAACAUGAAGCAUUCCUCUAAUUUUCUGAAUUAAAUAAAAAAAUGAAUGUUGAUGAUAUUAUACAUUUAGUUU